UAUUAAUUUCACUCUUGCAUGGGAAAGCUACACGGAACAUUAGCAAAAGCCGGUAAAGUGAGAAAGUAGACUCCAAAAAUUGAAAAAUAAGUCAGAAGACACAAGAUUCCUAAAGGUAGAGCCUACAAAAGGAUUUGCUUUAAUAGAAGGUAAGAUAACUAUCCACAAUAUUCAUUAGAUUUGGUUCAGCAACAUCCACUUAAGGAUCAUAACAAAAGAGAAAGGGUCCAAAUUGGCAUGCUGGAAGAAAAGAUCUAAUUGAAGAGGAAAGAAAGAAGUAGGUUGAAUAAAGAAGACAACGAAAGAAAUAGGAUACAAAAUGAUGAUUUAAACAUCCUAAACAUAUACAAAAUAUU